AUGCGCGGUGAAAGACGCCGGCCGACGCCGCACCUCGGCGCUCUGGCGCACGACCGCAACCGAUACAAGGACAACCCACCGGAUUUCUACGCACUGGGCCAGCAAUACCCAGAGUUCAGGCAGUACCUGCGCAAUGUCGACGAGGUCAAGUGUCGAGCGUCACUCGCAUGGGACGACCCUUUCGCUGCCAGGGAACUGACCAAGACGCUGUUGUUGCACGACUUCGGGCUGGAAUGGGAGAUCCCCAUCAACCGUUUGUGUCCGCCGCUGCCGAACCGCCUGAACUAUCUCCAUUGGGUCGAAGACUUGCUGAGUCAAGCAGAUUGCAAAAGCUUUCUUGGACAUCAGAGGCAAAACGCAGGUGUAGAUAAACAAGGCUUUGAGACCGAAGAGGCGGUUGUAUCGGGUAUCGACGUGGGGACCGGGGCGAAUUGUAUCUAUGCGUUGCUUGGUGCCACCAUGAAUAAGUGGAAGUUCAUCGCGACGGAGAUCGACUCCGAGUCGUACGAGUGUGCGAAGGAGAACGUGGCCCGUAACCACCUAGAGGAGACAAUUUCAGUCAAACGAACACGCACGAACAAAUUAUUGAUGGAACCGCUGCAGGACGAACCACUAGAGCGCAAAUUCCACUUCGUCAUGUGCAACCCGCCCUUCUUCGACAACAUGAACGAGGCGGAUACAAACCCAGACGCAAGUUGUAUGGGAAGCGCCAACGAGAUGGUAUUUCCUGGAGGAGAGGUGGCGUUUAUUGGAAACAUGAUUGAGGAAAGUGUGGCAUUGCAGACUCGCGUGCUCUGGUUCACCUCCAUGAUUGGAAGGAAGUCAAGUCUGCGUAAGCUUCUAGCGCUUCUCCGUGAUAAGCACGUACAGAGAACUCGGACGACCGAAUUUUUCCAGGGGCGAACCAAGCGAUGGGGAAUCGCGUGGACAUUUUUUUCGGAUGUGGUUGACGAUCCCUCUGCAAAGAUACUGGGUAAGCGCAAGGAAGCCCAUCGUAGGCAGGAACUUUGCUUCCGGGUGCCAGUGCAAAGUGAAGAAGGUAUCGGUUGCGCUUCAUUUGAGGAUGUUGCCCAGAGAAUUCGUGAAUUUGUCGAGACAAAAGAGGAGCUCAAGCUGUCCGCAGACGACCAUGAAGAGGAUGAAAAAGAGGAGGAAGCCCAAACCUGGUUGAUGUUCCGAUUGGAGCAGCACCACUCAGAUAGAAAGGAAUCUGCAGAUGAUGCAACCACCGUCCGCUGUGCUGGCCGGAUAGAGGUUGCCGCUGACAGUGAAAACGGCUUCGAAGUUUUGGUUGUAUUCGAGGAAGGGGAGCGUGCUGCCUUUUGGACGAGCGCUGAUAUGCUUCAAGCCGCAACACUACGCACUGGGCGUCAAUGGCGAAGAAAACUGCAACGCCAAAACCAGCAAAGCAGUGAUAAAUCGUAA